AUGUCUGAAUCAGCUGUUACUGUCCUUGUUGCAGUUUCUGUCCACGGAGGUCCUGAUCCCUCAAAGCAGAUCAAGUUCCUGGUGGAUCUCCUGUCUCAAGCAGCAGAGUGGGAGGAGCAGACAGGAGAGAAGACACUGAAGCUGGUAUCAUCAGUGUGGACUUACAGCACCUUUCCUUAUUGCCAUGGAGACAAUUAUAAACAGAGUGAUUUCCUGUUGGAUCUGUACUCACAUGUGAAGGACUAUGAGACUCAAACAGGCAAGAGUGUCCUUCCAGCAUUACAGACAGUUUACCAAGAAGAAACCAGUAGAGCUGAAGGCUGGUCAGAUGAAGAGAGUGAAGUGAGGAUUUUCCUUCAGUGUCUGUCCUACAUCUCACAGCUGAGAUUUCCUCUACUGAAGGAUAAUAUAGAGACAAGAAAGAGAGAGAAGACAUUCCUACUGAAUCUGUGUCUUCAAGCAGCUCUCCAUGAGAGAGGAACCAUACAAACAACUGUAGAGAAAGUGUUGUUGCUGUCUAAAGUUUAUCACUUUCAGAAAUGUGAUUUCCUGCUGGAUCUGUACUCACAUGUGAAGGACUAUGAGACUCAAACAGGCAGGAGUGUCCUUCCAGCAUUACAGACAGUUUACCAGUCAGCCAGUCCUGCAGUCUGGUCCAUAGACCUCUCAGAGAGAAAGGCCUCCCUCCUCCUAGAAGUGCUGAAACUCCAACCAGAGAAGAAACCAGUAGAGCUGAAAGGCUGGUCAGAUGAAGAGAGUGAAGUGAGGAGUUUCCUUCAGUGUCUGCCCCACAUCUCACAGCUGAGUUUCUGUCCAUGGUGGUCUGAUCCCUCAAAGCAGAUCAAGUUCCUGGUGGAUCUCCUGUCUCAAGCAGCAGAGUGGGAGGAGCAGACAGGAGAGAAGACACUGAAGCUGGUAUCAUCAGUGUGUUCUUACAGCACCUUUCCUUUUCUCAGUGGAGACAAUUAUAAACAGAGUGAUUUCCUGCUGGAUCUGUACUCACAUGUGAAGGACUAUGAGACUCAAACAGGCAGGAUGGUCCUUCCAGCAUUACAGACAGUUUACCAGUCAGCUCCUGCAGUCUGGUCCAUUGACCUCAGAAAGAGAAAGGCCUCCCUCCUCCUAGAAGUGCUGAAACUCCAACCAGAGAAGAAACCAGUAGAGCUGAAGGGCUGGUCAGAUGAAGAGAGUGAAGUGAGGAGUUUCCUUCAGUGUCUGUCCUACAUCUCACAGCUGAGUUUCUCUCCAGACUGGUCUGAUCCCUCAAAGCAGAACAAGAUCCUGGUGGAUCUCCUGUCUCAAGCAGCAGACUGGGAGGAGCAGACAGGAGAGAAGACACUGAAUCUGGUAUCAUCAAUGUGUUCUUACAGCACCUUUCCUUAUCGCCAUGGAGACGAUUCUAAACAGAGUGAUUUCCUGUUGGAUCUGUACUCACAUGUGAAGGACUAUGAGACUCAAACAGGCAGGAGUGUCCUUCCAGCAUUACAGCCAGUUUACCAGUCAGCCAGGCCUGCAGUCUGGUCCAUAGACCUCUCAGAGAGAAAGGCCUCCCUCCUCCUAGAAGUGCUGAAACUCCAACCAGAGAAGAAACCAGUAGAGCUGAAGGGCUGUUCAGAUGAAGAGAGUGAAGUGAGGAGUUUCCUUCAGUGUCUGUCCUACAUCUCACAGCUGAGUUUCUGUCCAUGGUGGUCUGAUCCCUCAAAGCAGAUCAAGUUCCUGGUGGAUCUCCUGUCUCAAGCAGCAGAGUGGGAGGAGCAGACAGGAGAGAAGACACUGAAUCUGGUAUCAUCAGUGUGUACUUACAGAACCUUUCCUUAUCGCCAUGGAGACAAUUCUAAACAGAGUGAUUUCCUGCUGGAUCUGUACUCACAUGUGAAGGACUAUGAGACUCAAACAGGCAGGAGUUUCCUUCCAGCAUUACAGCCAGUUUACCAGUCAGCUCCUGCAGUCUGGUCCAUUGACCUCAGAAAGAGAAAGGCCUUCCUCCUCCUAGAAGUGAUGAAACUCCAACCAGAGAAGAAACCAGUAGAGCUGAAGGGCUGGUCAGAUGAAGAGAGUGAAGUGAGGAGUUUCCUUCAGUGUCUGUCCUACAUCUCACAGCUGAGGUUGUUUGUUGGUUAUGGUGAAGAGAAGAAGGCCUGGACAUUUCUGUCUAAACUCAGUGUUGCUGCAGCUGAGUUUGAUACGGAGACAGGAGAGAAUAUCUUAAAGACAUUAUCCUCCAUAUGCAGAUACAUAUAUGGUGAAGAUGAUGAUGAUGAUGAUGAUGAUGAUGAUGAUGGUAAAGAUCCAUUUAGAGAGAGUGAUUUCCUGCUGGAUCUGUACUCACAUGUGAAGGACUAUGAGACUCAAACAGGCAGGAGUUUCCUUCCAGCAUUACAGCCAGUUUACCAGUCAGCUCCUGCAGUCUGGUCCAUAGACCUCUCAGAGAGAAAGGCCUCCCUCCUCCUAGAAGUGAUGAAACUCCAACCAGAGAAGAAACCAGUAGAGCUGAAGGGCUGGUCAGAUGAAGAGAGUGAAGUGAGGAGUUUCCUUCAGUGUCUGCCCUACAUCUCACAGCUGAGCUGUGGUGAUGACAGGUUCUUCCAGACUGUGUGUGAAUCCAUCCCUGUGAGGUCCAGAGAGGAGGACCAGCAGAUGGCCUCUCUCCUCCAGGCCUUGGGCUCCACCCUGUCACUGGGAGGAGAGUUACCCAGGAAAACCUGCAGGUCUGUGGGGAGAGUCCUGGGUCUCUGUGCCUCCAGAGUGGACCUCACUCUCACCCCCAGCAAGAUCUCUCUCCAAGGAGCCGCACUUCUUUUGAGACAUGAGUCAAAGCUCCACAAGCUCAGGCUCGGUGUGGGUAUGGCAGUGAAACUGUCCAGACUGGUUAGGAGGACAGGGAGAGGUGCUACUCCACUGACUGUCCGAGAACUCUCCCUGGUCCUAAAGAGCAGCCAGCCUCCAGAGAGAGUGUUAUCCAGGGCUCUGAGUAGUGUGGCGUCCCUGCUGAGACUCUGGAGAGUUCAGUGUCUGGACCUGACUGACUUCUGCAUCCAGGGUCACUCUCUCAUCACACUGCUGUGUCACCAGGGACCUCUCUCUCUCAGACUGAAUUCAGACACUCUGCAGCAGCUGACUGUAGUUGUGUAUGAAGCUCAGGACAAGGACUUGACUCAGUGGUUCCUAGAGAAGGUUGGUGGAGACCUGACCUCCUGCAGGCUGGACUGGGAAGUGCUUCUCUCUCUACUGCAGCAUUCAACCCACAACAUCACUGUGGACCUCAGGAAGAACCGGCUCCUAGAGAAGAACAGCUCAGAUCUUCUCCCCUUUCUGGGAAGGGUUACUCUCAAGAGGUCCAGUUCCAGCUUUGUAAAGUCCACCAUCAGACAGAUCUAUGACAGUAGAGACAGUGACUGUGUGUCCAGUUUGUUGAGGUCUUCAGACCAUUGGAUCAACCUGAACAGCAGAGAGCUGGACAGAGUGGACUGUACUGCUCUGUGUUUUACCCUGCAGCACAGCCACCAAGUCAAAGUCAACCUGCUGUGGACCUCCAUACCACCGGGGGGAGAUAGAGAUGUUGACAGGAGGUUACUGCUGAGUUUCCUCCAGUGCUGUGCUGCCUCUCAGAUCCAGCAGGGGGCACCAUCAUCACCACCAACAGCAGUAUGGCUGCUGAGGUCUCUGCACUACAGACUGGACUUCUCCUGCUCCUCCUCUGUGGACCUGUCAGUUCAGGACCAGGAGAAGGCUCUGUGUCUGACCACUGACCACUGCAAGGCCAUCAACUCUGUUCUGAAGCAGAACCAACAUGGCACCCCGCUGGUUCAGAACCAGGUCCAGCUCAUCCUAAGAGACUGUAAGGUGGAGGACAGAGCACUGAGGGAGCUGCUUCCCAUCCUGCAUAUUGUCAAGCUGAGUCCCAGCAAAGCUCUGCUACUUCAGCUGCUGGACCUUGUGUGUGAGGGGAUUGAAGAGGGGCUGCUGAGGCAUGCAGAGUCCCUGUGCAGAGCCCUGGAUGGGGAGCUGGACCUCAGUGAGACCAGGCUGGACCAGAAUGCCUGUGGAUCUCUGGCCCUGGUUCUGGAACACUCAGAGGGUCUGUCAGAACUGGACCUCAGCCACUGUCAACUCACAGAUCACCAGCUACAGCCCCUGAUCACACACCUGCAUAAAGUACAAGUCCUGGAGUGA